AAAGAAACAAAAACCCCAAAAUAUCCACUGCCUCCGCCUCCACAUCGAUCGAGGGUUUAUUAGUGUUUUUUUUUUUUAAAAUUUAUUUUAAUUUAAUUUAUCCCGUCGCUCCCGACUUAUUCCCCGUACUUAUUCGCCAUUAUCCGGAGGAAGCGAGGAAUAUAAGAGUGAACGCGAGAGAGAGAGAGAGAGAGAGAGAGAGAGAGAGGGAGAAUAAGGAUGCAGCGGCGUCGGGCGAUGACAUGGACGAGCGUGGGGAGGUCGGCGCAGGCGGUGGUGGCGCACGGCCUCCUCUUCUGCUUCACCCUCUUCCUCGCCCUCAAGAUCGACCGCCGAACCUCCUAUUCCUGGUGGAUAACUUUUGCUCCGCUUUGGCUGUUUCAUGCUGUUGUCGCCAGAGGAAGAUUCUCCUUGCCAGCACCAUCAUUACCUCAUGGUCGCCAUUGGGCACCUUGUCAUGCUAUUGUAGCAACUCCAUUGCUGGUUGCAUUCGAACUGCUUCUUUGUAUAUAUCUCCAAAGCAUCAGUGUUGGCAAUCACCCUGCUGUUAACUUAAAGAUUGUUUUCCUUCCGCUGUUGGCGUUUGAAAUUAUCAUUCUUGUUGACAAUUUCAGAAUGUGUAGGGCUUUAAUGCCUGGAGAUGAAGAAAGUAUGAGUGAUGAAACCAUAUGGGAGACACUUCCUCACUUUUGGGUUGCGAUCUCAAUGGUGUUUCUUGUUGCUGCUACUACAUUCACGCUUCUUAAAUUGUGCGGUGAUGUAGGUGCUUUAGGCUGGUGGGAUUUAUUUAUAAAUUUUGGGAUUGCAGAGUGCUUUGCCUUUUUAGUUUGCACAAAGUGGUCCAAUCCAAUGAUUCACAAGCGGCCUCAUCAUGGAGAAGGAUGCUCAUCUUCUACGGCAAUUAGAUAUCGCGAUUGGGAUAGUGGUCUUGUUCUUCCUUCCUUGGAGGAACAUGAACAGGACAGAUUAUGUGGCUUGCAGGACAUUGGAGGUCAUGUAAUGAAAAUUCCUGUAGUAACUUUUCAGAUUUUGCUCUGCAUGCGCUUAGAGGGAACACCGCCUAGUGCUCGAUAUAUUCCAAUAUUUGCACUCUUUUCGCCACUAUUCCUUUUACAAGGUGCUGGUGUCCUUUUUGCCAUUUCAAGAUUAGUAGAGAAGGUUGUUCUUCUACUACGUAGCGGAUCAGCUAGUAAUACGUAUCUCAUGAUCUCCUCACGAGUCCAAGAUUGCUUUGCAUUCCUGCAUCAUGGCUCAAGACUUCUUGGUUGGUGGUCCAUUGACGAAGGAAGCAAAGAAGAACAAGCUCGCUUGUUUCAUGCUGAAUCCACUGGGUAUAACACUUUCUGUGGUUAUCCGCCUGAGGUGGUAAAGAAAAUGCCAAAGAAGGAUCUUGCUGAGGAGGUUUGGAGACUACAAGCUGCUCUGGGUGAACAGACUGAAAUCACAAAGUGUACCAAGCAAGAGUAUGAAAGGCUUCAAAAUGAGAAAGUCCUUUGUAGGGUUUGCUAUGAGGGAGAGAUAUGCAUGGUCCUCCUCCCCUGCCGCCACCGCACUCUUUGCAAGCCAUGCGCGGAGAAGUGUAAGAAGUGCCCCAUAUGCCGAAUCCCGAUCGAGGAGCGCAUGCCUGUAUAUGAUGUCUAAAACCUUUGGCUAACAUACAAAGGACAAAGUCGAUAUAACAUUGUAUAGGUUUAACAUCGCCCUUCACAAACAUCUGUUUGCCUUUUGUGUGCGUGUGUGCGCUUCCUUUACUAUAACCGUCAUGUACAUAAACCUCAGAUUGUUGUCUCAUAGUAAUUUAGAUUUUCUCUACUCAAGUUUAUAGCAUAUAUGCAAAUGAAUUAUCGCAUGCGUGUCGUGUAUCACAAACAGAGCUUGUAGUAAAUGUAUAAUAUUUGCUCAUUUUUGUGGUAUAA